AAUGCUACCAACAUUCUUCAAAUAAUCUAUAGUCAGGUGACGAGUUCUUGUGACAGUUCUUGUGUUUGUAAAAUCACCAAAAAUAAAUUGCAAAAAUUCAUAAAAAUGGCCCUCCACGCAGCUAUCAAGGGGAAAUUAAUCAGCGUUAUUGGCGAUGAGGAUACUUGCGUAGGAUUCCUAUUGGGCGGUAUUGGUGAAAUCAACAAGAACAGACAUCCUAACUUCAUGGUUGUUGACAAGAACACACCAGUGAGUGAAAUCGAGGAGUGUUUCAAGAGAUUCGUCAAGCGUGAUGACAUUGACAUUAUUCUGAUCAAUCAGAAUGUAGCCGAGCUGAUCCGACAUGUCAUCGAUGCACACUCUGCACCAGUACCGGCAGUCCUUGAGAUCCCAUCUAAAGACCACCCAUAUGAUGCCAGCAAAGAUUCUAUUCUUCGUCGCGCUAAGGGCAUGUUCAACCCCGAGGACUUGUCUAUGUUUGGAGCAGACAACUACAGUAAUUAACUAAGUUACAGAUCCAAUUAAUGUUAUAAUAUUUACUUAUCCAUUAGUCAUAUUAUAAAUAUGUGUUAAUAAUGUUAUAAGUGGUAUACAAAUUAUAGAAAUAAAAUCUCAUAUGUUAUAUAA